UUUGAGUCGCUCAGCUGACCGACUCCCCCUUCCCUCUAUAUAAGAUGCGCCCUGCGGGCUUCUGCUUAUGACGCGCCAGCAUUUAUCUUGCAAACAUAGCAAGUCUGACAGCACAACUCGUCAUUUAAAAAAAUGGAUUUUUCUCCUGCUGUCUCGUCUCCCAGGCUGCUUCUGCGGCGCUUCAUCAGCACCAUCUACUGCAUUUUUAAGAGCGCCUUUUCAAAACUCACUUACUGGACAACAGGAGCCUGCAAGGGAACAAACUCAUUCGUUUCGUCUGCUGGUGAUAAACUGGACCAAAACAAAGACCAAAAUCCAACGAUCCCAACGAGCGUCAACUACCACUUUACGCGCAAAUGUAAUUAUAGAUGUGGAUUUUGUUUCCACACUGCAAAAACGUCCUUCGUCCUGCCCCUGGAGGAAGCUAAGACGGGGCUUAAACUUCUAAAGGAAUCAGGGAUGGAAAAGAUCAACUUCUCUGGCGGAGAGCCCUUCCUGCAUAAUAAGGGAGAGUUUGUGGGGAAAUUGGUCCAGUACUGCAAACAGGACCUCCAGCUCCCAAGUGUCAGCAUUGUCAGCAAUGGAAGCAUGAUCAAAGAAGAAUGGUUCCAGAAAUAUGGUUUCUAUCUGGACAUUCUAGCUAUCUCCUGUGACAGCUUUGAUGAAGCAACCAACCAGCUGAUUGGCAGAACUCAAGGCAGGAAGAGCCACCUUGACAACCUCUUCAAGAUCUGCAGCUGGUGCAAGGAGUAUAAAGUGGCACUGAAAAUCAACUCCGUCAUCAACAUCUUCAACUAUGACGAAGACAUGACACAGCAAAUCAAUUUGAUUAAUCCUGUCCGCUGGAAGGUCUUUCAGUGCCUCCUGAUUGACGGGGAAAACGCAGGCGAGACAGCCCUGAGAGAGGCAGAGAGGUUUGUCAUCAGUGAUCAGCAGUUUCAGGACUUUCUGGACAGACACAGCAGCGUCACCUGCCUUGUUCCUGAGUCUAAUGAGAAGAUGAGGAACUCCUAUCUGAUCCUGGAUGAAUAUAUGCGUUUCCUGGACUGUCGAGAGGGACGGAAGGAUCCUUCCAAAUCCAUCCUUGAUGUUGGAGUAAAGGACGCGAUUCGCUUCAGCGGCUUCGAUGAAAAAAUGUUUCUAAAAAGAGGGGGAAAAUAUGUGUGGAGCAAAGCUGAUAUGAAGCUAGAGUGGUAAAACGCUGUGCCCGUGACCUUCUUCAGCUUGUGUUUGAUGCUCCUUUGCUAAGUGUUUGCAUUGAUAUGCUCUACAGUAUGCACAUUGUGCACUAGGAAUGUAAAUAUUCAGAUAUAUCUAGGCGUGUGUGUGUGUGUGUGUGUUCUGGGGGGGGUUAUUUGAAGUUUACGGUCAUCAAAUAGAAGGUGAUCCAGAAGUAUUGUUCUUCUUCGUUUUUUAUUAAAUAUCUGUCUUUUAUGUUAAGCACUUUGGCAUACCGCUAGUUUUUAAAUCUUCUCUAUUAUUAAAGAUGUAUUGUAUUGUAUUGUAAAUAUAUUGUACAGUUUAUGAUUGUUGAACAAAGUAACAUUGAGUGUUAUAUUCAAAUUAUAAUUUUACGCAACAAAUUUAGAUUGAAGGACAACUUGUCAAAGAUGUUGUGAUAAUUUAUUUUUUAUGUGGUUAAGUAACAAGGCAAAAUAAAGUCAUGUUUUCCA